CCGGGUUCCUGUUCGCGGCUCGCGAUGAGCCGGCUGUGGGGCAGGCUGCUGCUGGGGACGCUGCGGGCGCCUUGUAGCGCGGUGCUCGGCCUGCCGUGGCGAGGGGACGCGGGGGCUGGCGCCGGCCGGACCUGCAGCUCCACACCAGCCCCGCACGGCCUCGAGGGCCCGGCGCGCGCGCGCUCUUACUGGCGCUACUUGAGGCGGCUGGUUCGGGGUCCGCCAGAGCAGCCGUACGCUCACGUGUGCCAAGUCGGGGACCCAGCUCUGCGCACUGCGGCCGCCCCGGUGGAGCCGGCGCAGCUAGCGGGGCCCGAGCUGCAGCGGCUGGUGGAGCGGCUGGUGCAGGUGAUGCGGCGCCGGCACUGCGUGGGGCUGAGCGCGCCGCAGCUCGGGGUGCCGCUGCAGGUGCUGGCUCUAGAGUUCCCCGAAGCGCUCCUCCGCGCCUACGCGCCGCGCGUGCGCGAGGCCCGCCAGAUGGAGCCCUUCCCCCUGCGCGUGUUCGUGAACCCCAGUCUGCGAGUGUUGGAUAGCCGCUUGGUCACCUUCCCUGAGGGCUGCGAGAGCGUCUCCGGCUUCCUGGCCUGUGUGCCCCGCUUCCAAGGCGUGCAGAUCUCAGGUGCGGGGGCCCUGGGGCACCUCCCAUCUCGUCAGCUCUUAGUUUCCACAAAGCUUAAGUUAAAACUCAUCAGCUGGGUCUCCUGGCAUCAACAAAGAACGGGUUCGGGAGUGAACCGGCCUCAGGACUGACAGAUCGUGCUGGGGCACUAGCCUUCCCUGAGAGCACAGCCAGCUCCAGUGAGGGAUGUGGAGUGGGGGCUGCGAGGGUGUCCUUGUUCCGUUGUUAUCUCGCACUCCGUCCUUUGCUUUAUGCUGCCAGAAAAUACCGAGACCCCCUCCCCCCGCUGCAAGUCCAAGGGGGAGCCAGACGGGGCACGGAAUGAUUCCGAGCACCACAAAUAUGAAAGGCGCCAGACUGACGCAGCCGACGGAGAGAGAGAGAGGAAUUUCUGCUGACGCAUAGUUAACCCUCAUUUUGAAAUUUGGGUGAGGAGAGGGAGGCGCAACUUGGAGAUUGCCCCAGGGCGCUCGAAUGGGGGGGGGUGCAAUUUAAAGAUUGCCCUUGAGCACUGCUACCUUCCCUGCACUCUCGCACGCUGCCUCUGUCUUCUCUCUCACACACUGACCUGCUGGGGCUGAAGAAGUGAGACCAGCUUUGCCCAGCCCAGGAAGCUUUUGUGGAAUGUAGUUCUUUGCUGGGGUUGGGAUGAUUUCUCGAGCAAUCCAGUUGGUCCAAGGUCAGAAAGUCGACUUAUUUUUAUAGUGGUGGUGGUGGUAGUUGCUGUCGAUUUGGACUUAGGAGGACCUCAUGUGCGCAUAGUAGAAUGGCUCCAUAAGGUUUUCAAGGCCUGUUACCUUUUGGAAGCAGAUCGCCAGUUAUGUCUUCCAGGGUGCCUUUGGGUGGGUUUCAACCACCAACCUUUUGGCUAGUGUACUGUUUUUAGGAAUUGAAAGUAAACAGCAAUACUUCAGAAGGGGGGAGGAGUGUUCAAAGUGGAAGCAUUUUAGGCAGACAGUUUCUCAUCUCUCAGCCCCAUGGUGAACCAGCAACCUAAUCAGAGGUGAGAACCAGGCUGGAUACUUGGUAAUUCAACCUGAGGUGUCUUUUCUAGGAAGAAUAGGGCUGCUGUCUACGUUCCCUUUCUGAUGUUGCUCUUGUGAAUAGAAUGGGUGGUUUGGGGAAUAGGGUAAGGAAGUUAAGAGUGUUGCGAUUGGGCAUGUCCUCACCAAGGCCGUCAC